GUUGAUUUUAAAAUCAAAACAGUAGAGCUAAGAGGAAAGAAAAUUAGAUUACAAAUCUGGGACACAGCAGGUCAGGAGAGAUUCAACAGCAUUACCUCAGCUUAUUACAGAAGUGCCAAGGGAAUUAUUUUGGUGUAUGAUAUCACCAAGAAGGAAACAUUUGACGAUUUACCAAAAUGGAUGAAAAUGAUUGAUAAGUAUGCUUCAGAAGAUGCAGAGCUCCUAUUAGUUGGAAAUAAACUGGACUGUGAAGCUGAUCGAGAGAUUAGUCGACAGCAAGGAGAGAAGUUUGCACAGCAGAUAACUGGGAUGCGGUUCUGUGAAGCAAGUGCCAAGGAUAAUUUUAAUGUGGAUGAGAUAUUCCUAAAACUUGUUGAUGACAUUCUGAAAAAGAUGCCACUGGAUGUGAUAAGAAACGAGUUGUCCAACAGCAUCCUGUCCCUGCAACCAGAACCAGAAAUCCCACCAGAACUGCCUCCUCCAAGGCCACACGUCCGUUGCUGUUGACUUGUUCACCCCACAGAGUGGGAAGUAGGAGUUGGGAGGGUGAAGCAAAGGAUCUGUCCUACUCUGCACUACAAUCAUUCGGCGGUUUCUCGUUGCACUUUUAUUCGAGUCAGAGCUACACACUAACUUGUAAAUAUGCAAAUAUGCAAUCCUGUGUAGGAUUCAGCUAUAACAUUUAAUUAUUGCCCCUCUUCCCCCCCCUCCAUGAUGUCUCAUUCAUUGCCCCAGUGUUAUAAAUACUGUACAGUGGGUCGGGGUUUGCCACGCGUCCCGUCGAGGAGGAGAAAUGAAAUCUAUACCUAUUCUUGACAUAAAUGUUGUCAUAGUUCUUUGUUAUUAUAAACAGGCAGAAGCUCUUCUGGUAUGAAGAUAAGUAUAUGGUGCUUUGCUAACUAUUUUAAAGACAAAUUUUUUAAAAAAACAGAGGACUUUAUGUACAAAGCUUCCAUCAUCAGCAUUCUGUUUUUCCUUUUAAUGUAGUGAGACCGUUUUUUUUGGCCGUAGCAUCCUCUGCUGACUGGAUUUAUUGAAAAGCUAAGUUGAAUUUUCUUUUUUUGGGCAGUCUUUUAUUUAUUUUUCUUUCCUGCUGCACCCUUUCUUUGUGUACCACCACAUC